GUCUCAUACGGUCCUGCAGCUGUCCACAAGUGUGCUGAGAAACUGGACACACAGAGGCUCCCAUCUGCUGACCACCCUGGGGCCUGUAUUUACCCGGAAGCAGACCAAAACCUGAGUCCAGCGAGGUCCCUGCUUUGCUGUGUGUCCCUUAGCAAGUCAAUUUCCUCUCUUGGGGGUCUCUUUCUCCUCUCUGCUGCUCUCCCUGAAUCGGAGUUCCCUGGCCCCUGAGAACAGAGAGAAAGGGACAGAGCCACAAAAGAUGACCUCUGCCUCUUGCUUCUGAGCACUUUGCAGGUAUUCUUUAAUCAUCAAGCUAAUCCUAUGGGAGAGCUGCAAUUUUUCUCCAGCUUACAGAUGGGGAAAUUGAGGCACAAAGAAGGAAAGAUGGUGCUCAAGGACAGAUGUCUAGCAGGGUGGCUCCUAUGGCCGGGAAACAUUCUUAAGAGGCAACUGUGAUGGUACCCUCGUCCUCUUCUUCGGUGACUUAAAACAAUUCCAGGAUCAGAAGGGAAGCCAACGUGAUAAGCUUGUCAAAACUGGACAUAAGCUGAACUCAUGUCAGUUUGUAGAGUGGAUAAAAGACAAUUUUGAGAUCCAGAUGUCCUGUGAUGGGUUCACCAUCCAAGUGUUCACAAAAGAUCAGAGAAUCUCUUUUGAGGUGCUGGCUGCCUUCAAUGCUCUGGGCUUAAAUGACAGUCCCAGCCCCUGGAUCUAUCGAGAGCUCAAAAGAUCCUUGGAUAAGACAAAUGCCCGCCCUGGUGAGUUUGCAGUCUGCUUCACCGAACUUCAGCAGAAGUUUUUCAACAACUGUCCCAGAAAACUAAAGGAUUUGAUCCUCUUGAUAAAGCACUGGCAUCAACAGUGCCAGGAAAAAAUGAAUGGUUUACCCUUGCUGUCUCCGUACGCCCUGGAGCUGCUUACUGUGUAUGCCUGGGAACAGGGGUGCAGACAAGAUGACUUCGACAUUGCUGAAGGCGUCAGAACCGUUCUGGGGCUGAUCAAAUGCCAGGAGCAGCUGUGUAUCUAUUGGAUGGUCAACUACAACUUUGAAGAUGAGACCGUCAGGAACGUCUUGCUGCACCAGUUCCAAUCAGAGAGGCCAGUAAUCUUGGAUCCAACCGACCCGACCAAUAACGUGAGUGGAGAUUACAGAUGCUGGCAAAGGCUGAAACAAGAGGCUCAGACCUGGUUGACUUCUCCCAACCUGGAUAAUGAGUUACCUGCACCAUCUUGGAAUGUCCUGCCGGCGCCACUCUUCACGACCCUGGGCCACCAUCUGGAUAAGUUCAUCAAGGAUUUUCUCCAGCCUGACAAAUACUUCCUAGAGCAGGUCGACAGUGCUGUUAACAUCAUCUGUAAAUUCCUUGAAGAAAAUUGCUUCCGACGAUCGACCGCCAAGAUCCAGACUGUCCAGGGAGGAUCAACCGCCAAAGGCACAGCUCUGAAAACUGGCUCUGAUUCCGACCUCGUCGUGUUCCAUAACUCGCUUAAAAGCUACACCUUCCAAAAAAAUGAGCAGCACAAAAUCAUCAAGGAAAUCCAUCAACAGCUAGAAGCCUUUCAGCAGGAGAAGAAGGAGGAGCUUGAAGUCCGCUUCGAGAUUUCCAGGUGGAAGGCUCCCAGGGUGCUGAGCUUCUCUCUGAAAUCCAAAGUCCUCAAUGAAAGUGUCAACUUUGAUGUGCUUCCUGCCUUUAACGCACUGGGUCAGCUGAGUUCUGGCUCCACAUCCAGCCCUGAGGUUUAUGCAGGGCUCAUUGAUCUGUAUAAAUCCUCGGACCUCCCGGGAGGAGAGUUUUCUACCUGUUUCACCGCGCUGCAGCGAAACUUCAUUAGCUCCCAGCACACCAAACUGAAAGAUUUAAUUCGCCUGGUGAAGCACUGGUACAAAGAGUGUGAAAGGAAACUGAAGCCAAAGGGAUCUCUGCCCCCAAAGUAUGCCUUGGAGCUGCUCACGGUUUAUGCCUGGGAGCAGGGGAGUGGCCAGCCGGAUUUUGACACUGCAGAGGGUUUCCGGACAGUCCUGGAGCUGGUCACACAAUACCAGCAGCUCUGUAUCUUCUGGAAGGUCAACUACAACUUUGAAGAUGAGACUGUGAGGAAAUUUCUACUGAGCCAGCUGCAGAAAACCAGGCCUGUGAUCUUGGACCCAGCCGAACCCACUGGCGAUGUGGGUGGAGGGGACCGUUGGUGUUGGCAUCUUCUGGCAAAAGAAGCAAAGGAAUGGUUUUGCUCUCUCUGCUUCAAGGAUGGGUCUGGAAACCCAAUACCGCCAUGGAAAGUGCCAGUAAAAGUCAUCUAAACGAGGCAUUGUCUGGAGAUAGCCCUGUAACAAGCCUGAAUCAAAGAACUUUUCCUGCUGUAGCAACUUGAAAUUAAUUCAGCCACAAAUAACAGGAAACCCAGCUCACAGGAGCUUAAACAACUGUUCACCCCACUAAGCCCCUACUACAAGUGAUCCUCAGACAGGCAACCACGGAUUCAUGCACUGUAGGGUACAGAGCAGCAUCCCUGGUCUCUACCCAGUAAGUGCCACUAGCCCUCCUCUCCCAGGGACAACCAUAAGUCUUCAGACAUUGUCAAACGUUCCCCUGGGUUUACAGAUCAUUCUGGCUUUGGCUUUUGACUCCACCCUCUUUGGCUGUUGAUUUGAGUGCUCAUGGCCCUGAAGGCAGCCACUGUACCUCCAGAUGGCUGGUUCACGAUCCAGGCAGGAAGAACAGAAAGGGAAAAGAUACAGAGGUUCAAAGGUCAAGAACACAGUGAUUUUAUUAGAAGCUGCAUCCUGCAAAUUCUCUUCCAUUUUAUUGCUCAGAAAUGUCACAUGGUUACCUAUAACUUGAAGGUGGCUACAAAGAUGACUGUGGACGUGAGUUGCAAUGGUCACCCAAGGGUGUCUGCCACACCACUCCAAAGCCCUCCUCACCCACCAAGAUAUACCUGGUGUAUUCCACCAGGAUAUCCUCCCUCCAGGUGUGCUUGGUUCUCUCCACCGGGUUCUUUCUUUAAAGCAGGAUUUCUCAACCUAGAUACUUACUCACAUUUGGGGGCAGACGGUUCUUUAUUUGGAGACUGUCCUGUAUCUCUAAACAAAGGAGUGUGUUGAGCAGCAUCUCUGGCCUCUACUCACUAGACACUACCCAGUUGUGACAAUUAAGUGUCUUGAGACCUUGUCAUAUGUCUUCUGCUCCUAGGUGAGACCCUUGCUGUAGAGGAACCCUACACCCCCAAUCCUGGGUGGCAUGUAGGGAAGAGAUGGCCAAGCCAACCCUGGGGUUAGCUCCAGUUAUAAAGAUCUGCAUUAUCAACCAGAAAAAUUGUCUCUGGCAAUAGUUACCUUCCCAGAGGCAGGUCUCCCAAAUUCUUUUAACCAGUGGUUGUAACUAUUAGGAGACAUUGCUCUCCCCCAUGUAUGUUUUCUUUUUAGGCAGUGCAGACACUGGGAAGCUGUGACGCUAGGAUGGAUGAUAUUGCCAAUGAGAUGUUCUCAUUCAGGAGCCACAGAGCCCUGAAUAAUAAUUCUAGAAGAAACUUUUAGAAGUCAUCUGGCAAUUGCUUUUAAAGACUCAGCUCACCAUGAGGAAGAGUCACUCAGAUCCGUUCUUCCCUUGAUGGUCCCUACGCCUCCAUCCCUUGCUUCUUGGACUCAUUGAAAUCAGUCAAGACUGCAAACUCUUCCAUAAAGUCUUGACUUGCUGAACUCCCUCUCUGCAGGCAGGCUGCCUUUAGAAAUAGUUGCUCUCCAUCAUACACUGAGGUCUGUGGGGGGACUAGGGGAGGGACAGUGGAGGGUAGGGAGUUGGGGAGGGAUAACGUGGGGAGAAAUGCCAGAUAUAGGCGAUGGGGAUGGAGGCAGCAAAUCACAUUGUCAUGUACGUACCUAUGCAACAAUCCUGCAUGUUCUUUACAUGCACCCCAGAACCUAAAAUGCUAUAUAUAUAUAUAUAUAUAUAUAUAUAUAUAUAUGCAUGCAAAAUAGUUGCUCUCAUCCACUUUAUGUGCAUCAUAUUCUGUCAACUUGUAUUUUUUAGCUGUAUUUUUCCAAUUAGCUCCUCCUUAUCCCUUCCAGUCUGAAAAAGGAAUCCUCUGUGUCUCCAAAGCAAGGCCCUUUACUUGCUCCUUGGUUCUCAUAACUCUGUGAUCUUGGUCUCGGACUCUUCCAACUCAUCCACCUUCUGUCUGUUUCCUCUGUAUACAAAACCCUUCCUGCCCCUGCCGGCACAGAGGUCUGCUAUACCAGCAGCCAGCCAACCCUUUCAUUAGAUCUUCAAGCUCUCCAAAGGCUCUGAUUAAAACCAUUGCCAUAUCUAAAUGAGGCUGUUGUCCUUUCCUUCUGAGCCUGCCUUUCUCCCCCAGCCUGGGAGCAUCCUCUUGCCAAAUCAAAAGACUUUUUCCUUGUGCUUCAGCUUUAAAGAUACUUGAAGGUCUGAGUGCUUUAACCUCACAUACCCUCACUUAAAGUUGUAUCACUGCUGCAUAGACCAAUUGUGAUACAAUAAAGAAUGUAUCUGGCCUUUGUGCCUAGUUCCUAACAAACAAUUUCAAAAACUCUGGAGUUUCCUGAUAGGAGUGCCUUUUGUAUUCAUAACAAGCCACUUUCACCCAUCCCUGGUUUAUGCUAACAAGGUUACCCACAGUGGGCCCUUAGAGAGUUUCAAGGGAGGAGUUGUCCAAGCCGGAAAGACUAAGCAUGUCAUUAGAACAUUGGAAUUUUUAGCCCCAUCCCACUCCAAUCUCCAAGGAGGCAACAGGGCUGGAGAUUGAGUUCAAUUUUGACAUGGCCAAUGAUGUAAGCAAUGAUGCCCACGUUAAGAAAGCCCAGUAAAAACUCUGGAUGGUGAUGGUUGGGGAGCGUCCCAGUUGGUGAACAUUCCAAUGUACUAGAAAGGUGGAGCAUCCUGAUUCCACAGGGACAAAGGUUCCUGAGCUCUGGGCUCUUCCAGAGCUUGCCACCCUACGUAUCUCUUUACCUGGCUCUUCAUUUGUAUUCUUUAUAAUAAAAUGGUGAUUGUAAGUAGAA